AAUAACAAUUUUCCGUAAUGUAUCGAGUCGACAUAUAAAAUGCAAAUCCCCUGCUUAUAAAUAUGAUUUAGUCGCUGGACUCUGGCUUAAAUACAACGAUGACUUGGCAAUUCAUAAUUCCGCUAUUUAUUUUCAUGGGAGUUUUAGAGAACGUAACUUUGCAGGCAAUUAAUACUAGUUAUGCAUCUCUCUCUUUGGAAGAGUUGGUAAGUGGAUUUCGUUUCCAGCAACUACAGCUGUCAACAACAAUGAUGAACGCUAGUAUUCACGCGAGACUUCCCGAGAAGUUGGCUUCUGCAGAGGCACAAGAGGCGGAUCAAAGAGAAGCAAAAGCAUUUAGAGCCUUUCAUGAAGCCCAGACUCCAUUUAUCGCCACAACUUCGCGCUACAACUUGGGAUACAUAGGUCGUGGCUAUGAUUUAUUCAAGGGGAACCCCCUCAGUGAUGAUGGAGUGGUGGAUCAAGGAUUUCGCCUCCCGAUAAUGGAAUUACCCUACACCCACAAGUUUACUGCCGACGGAGAAUAUCGGAUUCCAGAUAAUGUUGACGUCAUUGCAGAAUCAAGCGCCAAGUUUGGGUCCUCUCUCUAUUCAGUGCAGUCGGAGUCGGACUAUAAAAGCAUGCUGAGUGUGGACGCCUCGGUUAAUGCCGCUGGAGGUGGUUGGGGCGUUAGUGCCAGUUUCAGUGCCAGUGCAUCUUAUCAAAAAAAUACGCGGGAAAUUCAAAAAGGGGAGACAACUACUUUAAGCAUUGUAAGCCGGGCUGUGGCGUACAGAGCUAGGAUGUCCGAGACCUCCAAAAUGUCUAAGGUAAAUGAAUACUUCGAGAAAGCUGUUAUGUUGCUGCCUAUGGAGAAUUGUGAGGACGAAUCAUUGCAAGAAAUGUACCUCAAUUUUAUACGCGAGUUUGGGACUCAUUAUACAACCCAAGUAGUCAUGGGGGCUAAAGCCGUUCAACAGCUUACAUUUGCCAAAUCUGACCUUUCAAAACUGGAAUCAGAAGGAAUUAGUGCGAAGGUAGCUGCACAAGCCUCCUUCAGCGGAUUCGGUGCCUCGGGCGGUGGGGGAUUCAGUGUGGGGGUUGGCUCCAAAGAGGAGUCAAAAGAGCGUGUACAAAAUACCAACAAAGAACAAUAUGAAUAUUAUAUCGGUGGGAAUCCACCAUCCGGGGAUUUUUCUUCCGGAAGUACCGAGAGUUUACGAGAAUGGGCGAGAUCUGCAGAUGAGAAACCGGUACCGAUUCAGUACAGGCUGACCUCCAUUGAGACGCUCUUGAAGCCUGGAUACUUUAAAGAUAUUACUUAUGGUUUAUUUGAAAGACGUCAAUGUUUACGUCGGGCACUGUAUACUUACUGUAAGGAGACGGCAUCUCCCUCCCUGUGUAACCCACCAGACGGCGCUUCUACGACUCUUACGUCACGACGUAAACGACAGGCCGAGGAAGUCGAAAGUGCUGAUGAUGGUAUAAAGUUCGGUGAUUUUGUCACUCUUCGGAACAUAAAUUCCAGGAAAUAUUUGGCUUUGUCCACCUCCACGGGAUACUUAUAUGGGACAGUCACGAAACCACUUGUGCAAGUCAACAGUAUCACUAAUUAUGACGGGCUCUUUCAAAUCAAGUCUGGAGAUGACGAUUCCACGACACUUGGAACUUCGUUGGUGUAUGGUCAGAGCUUCAAACUUGUGUCGGUGGAGGGAGAAAAUCUGUUUACUGGAAGAUUAUUUAUUGAUGAUGUGAACAAAGCCUCAGCAAGUAAACUUGAAACUGCCUAUAAAAGACAGGACGGGCGAAAAUUUUCAGCUCCAGGGGAUAUCACUGAUUUCUCCGUCUUCCUAAGAUUGGAAAAAGAUCGGUCCUAUUUGAUAAGUUUGAGGAUAAGCUGUUCUGGAAGAAACAAUCCUUCACAAUAUCAAGUGAAUCUGGAGGGGACAGCAGGGACUGCAAAGUUUGAAAUGGACAACCUAUGUAAACGUGGAUACGGGUAUUACUGGCAUCAUGGAGCCUUUGCCGACAAAGAUAUCGGUCAAUUUGAACGUGUCAGAUUUAUGGGCAGAGGAACUGAACCAAUCAAAGGGAUUCAGAUAUUAAUUGGACAGGGUCGUCAAAUUCUUAGAUACAUAGCAACCGGCUUAAGUUGUAUCGGAUACGAAUACAAGUUUGAUAUGAGGACAACAGAAAGGAAACCAGUUGAAAUUGACAUCUACCCUGCACAGUUCUCCUUCCAUAGUAAAACACAUCCGGCGGGGAGCGUGGUUAGACGCCGGGACACGGUCUUUAUGGAGGUCGUGUCAGCCGUGGACAGAAAGUCAUUCUGGGGUCAACCAGUGUCCCACUUACUGUCAAACAAAAACGGAAAGGUCACAAUAAAAGAAAAAGGACCGGUGCCGCACAAAGCCAAAAGAGACUGCAAUGGUAUAGUUUUCCCCGACAAUGGCAGACUUGGCGUUUAUAAUAAUUUUGAAAACCGUUACUUCGUGUCUUUUGGCGUUGAUGUCAUGAUAACCACGGUCACAAUUAGGACCAAAAAGACUUAUCAAGCAAACCAGUAUACGGUGGAAUACAUUGAUAGAAACAGUCCAGACUUUCAGACGUUACAAAACAUUAUCAGAAGACCUACCUCUGGAAAUGUAUAUAUAAUGGACAUCACUUUUCCAGAAAUGUACCUCUCCGCAAUCCAAGUGUACGUGAAAGGGGUAGCUGACUUCGCAGAUAAAGUCUCUAGCUUGCUGAUAAGAGGAUGUCCUAGUGCUCUUGUAGAGGCCCAACCCCAAAACACAGAUGCAGAGGAAUGGGAUCUUAGACACAGCGAAAACCAAAUCCAAACGUACCCAUAUUUACGAGUUGUUCCAACACAAUACAACGUGUCAAAUUUUGAUAAAGUUUUCCAAGAACUUGAAAAGCCUUUCUCCGUAACAAAUUACAGAAAGGUGGUAGACUUUGAACCAAACCAGAGGGGAUGUGUGGUGGACCAGGACUACAUCCAAAACUAUCUGAUGCUCACUGACGAAAUUGAAGGGCUGAAGUUCCGGAAUACUCGCGUGAUGUCUUCUGGGAUAUCUGUCACAAUCAUUACUGACGUCAUGGCCAUGAAUAAGAUUAUGUACGAACAGAACAUGCCGGCAGUGGAUAGUCUGCUUCGUAUGGCGGUACAGAGGUACCCCUGUAACUCCAGGGAUGUUAUCUUCUCUUUACGACAGUCGUCUGACGAGGGAGCAGCCCUGUCGACUACUGCUAUAGGAGUGAUUACCGUUCUAGCUAUUUUGGUUGUAGCGGCGAUAGCUAUUUUGAUAACUGUAUUUGUGAUAAGGCGGAAGCGCGUGACGACAGUUGAACGACCUGAUAGACAACCGAUGAUGGAGAAGAACAUCUACAUUGAAGAGGGGGGAAAUGACGAGAACAUCUACACAAACAGGUCCUUUGAGGAUACGAGGCUUCAGCCCCAGGCUUCUCCUGCCAUCCCCUCCCGACAGAGGCGGUUAACAUAAGUCUGACAAAAGGAAUAAACUCCUCCCACAAUACAUACACACACAAAAAUAAGAUAUGGUGACAUUUUCACUUUUAAUGUUCUGAAGAUUAUGUUUGUAUUAAGGUGCAUUUAAUAUUGAUCAAAACAUUAUACGUACGGGAAGCGUAUGCAAUAUUUAAUGAGAUCCCUCAAUACAUUUCUUAACUUCAGCUGAUAUUUAUAUUGGAAGUAAAUAAUGACAUUGUAUUAAGGUGCUAAUAUAUCAUUGGGAAUCUGUUCGUGCUAUUUUUUAUACCUCUGGUACAAAUAAGUCUGUAUUUGCUAAGGCACAUGCAUUAUUCUAUGUAUUUUGCAUUGUAUUUCUCAAAAAUUGCUCAUUUAUGUCCAUAUGAUAAUUAAUGAAUUUAAAGAUUUUUUUGACUGGUUAAAACAGGUAAUUUUUACAUUUGUAAAAAAAAUUAUUUUUAAUUUUAGUUGUUCUCUUAUUUGAUACUUACCUGUUUCAAAUAUGAAAGCAUUUUGGUGAAAAUUUAUUUGGGGUCGGAUAUGCACACCUAGCUGUGUACAUGUAUACAGUUCUUCAGAAUCAUCGAGCAAAGUUCAGCCAUUUCUGUCUCAAUUGUAUGCAAUUUUGAGAAGAAAUUGAAAAUUAUUCAAAUAAUUAUACUUUACAAUUAUAAGGUUUUGUCCGCUUUAAUGGAAACGAAAAAUAAUAAUUUUAUACUGUGGCAAUUUCAUUACUUCCCCUCCUCCUAAAAGUCCGGAACGACUCACUUGUUGCCCCCAUCCCCACUUUUUUUUCUUUUGAAAUCAAGGAAUGGCACUUUCCCCUUUUUCGUGUAUUAUAUUCAUGAUAAACUGGUGUCUUCUUUGCAAAAUAUAAUUAUCUACUUUGAAGGCGAUCUAAUUAAAAACAAACUUUUGUUCCGAGUCCACUACAGAUUUUCUAUAUAUAAAAAUAGGGACAUUAGAUUUGGUUAUUUCAAUUAGAUUGCUAUAAACAGUUUUCAUUUUUAACCUACAAAAUCUCUGGAAUCCGUUUACGGGGUCACAUACCUCCUGCCUACUUACACUACCCACCCCCUUUUUUUCAAAUCCUGGAUUAUGUUUAAGCAAAAAUGACAAAUGAUCCGUGCUUCUGUGGACGAAUUUGGUCAAUGAUUUAAUAUGCUACCUACAUUUCUUCUUUCAUAAACCUGUUGUCCAUUUGGUUAUUGCGAGUACUUGGGUGCAACUUUUUAAAUUGUUGAUAUAAUAAUCUUUAUUUGUUAUUUUCCAUCCUCAUUUCGAUAUUUUAGGCAAAUGAUGAAAUAAUCACUCCUUUGCUAUUGGAUUUGAAAAUUCUAAAACAUAAUUUGUAUCUCAUUUGUAACCAAAUAUUUCAUCAGAAGCUAGACGAUGGGAUUAUACAGGGAAAAAAAACUAGAAUAUUUCUUUUUU